CAGUUAUAUUCAUUUCACUGGGCCCUGUUUACAUGAGAUCGGGACGAAGUGAAACCCGGAUGGAAAUCGAAAUUUUCGGUAUGUUGGCAUGAGACCGGUGGUCCGGUACGAAAAUCACAAAUCUUUCGAUUUAUUCCCCUUGCCCGCCAUUUCUUUUUUGCUUUUUAGAACGUGCAGUGUUCCGAAGCCAAGAGCACUGCAGCACCGGUCUGAAAUGUAUUUGAUAAUUUGUGUUUACAUUCAUCCCGCUCCGUUCGGUACGCCAGCUAAUGCAAAAAACCUAACAAACGUUUUUCAAGCGUUUAUGAUAGUGAUAGUGGAACAAAGAACACCCUGUGAACACCCCAUCAUAUCACACUAUACCGUGCUGUGAUUUCGACAGGUUAUCACUUUGAUUGCUUUGUUAGUCGGAAUCUGUAAGAAUUUCUCAGGCAAGACAUGAAUUUCAGUGCAGUUAUUUUGAUAUUUUGUAUAAGCUGGCAUCUCAUAGCUUCCCGAAAGCAUCACAGAAAACAUAAAAUAAAAGGUAUUGUGCAGAUAACGAAAAGUAUAUAUUAUAAGAGAAGUUAGUCGAGUUAUAGUAACAAAAUGGCGAUCGAGAAAAGUGCCCAAUUUGCAUAUAACAUUUUUUACAAAGGGUUCUUUAUAUUCAUUUGUCAUACGGAGCCCCAGGCCAGGGAGAACAGUUUAGAACUGAUAGAGCUAUCCAGUAUAAAAUAAAGUUGGUCUAGUGUAAGGUCUCUCCCGUGGUGACAACACUGGAUGGGUAAGAAAUAUCCCUUAAUAGACCUCUAGGAAGACUGUUUAGAAUCAAUAGAGCCACCCAGCACUUUAGUUUAGGUUUAAAUUUAGAUUCACAGUUCCAUGUAAUAACAGUUUUAAUGACAGCUCGGGAAAAGAAUCAUCAUGGCCAUCACAAGCAUCAUAGCGAUGGAAGUAAAAGUGAGUUAAAUGUAUAAUUAUUAUGUAACUAUAACAAUGUUAAUUUACACUUGACGGUAUAACUCAUGACCAGUUCUUAAAAGGUCCUGUAAGGGACACGACUUGGUCUAACUACAGGAAAGAACCGGCUUCUCAGGGAAACCAGAGCCAAAAUGGAAGUAUGUUGCGUGAAUGGAAUCCUAGUGAAACCACUCCUUUUGAGCUAUCGUAAGGCCCUUUUUAUAUAGUGACCCAUUGUUAUAUAUAUAUAUAUACUCGCAAAACAGAUAUGCUAACACAAAAUUUAUACUUUUUCAGUCCAUCACAAACACGUAGGGAAACAUCACGAUGCUCACCAGAGCCACCACGCACAUCGAACGAAACGUAAGCAUAUAGUCUAGUGCAAACUACAGGGGUCCUCCAGAAUUUUUUUUUAUUUAUUCAAAAUCAAUAUAACGUUCAAUAAGUAUUAUCAACACAGCUGGAAAGGAAUUCCGGGACUUUAAAAGACCUGCGAUCGAUUUUCCAGGCCUGGAUUUAUUUUUUUCCAAUUCAAGGAAUUCCCAGGAUUUUCAAGGCCCGUGGACAUCCUGAUAACAAAUGCCUAAAGGCUAAUUUCCACUCAGGAAAAUUAUCCGUGGAUUGGAACGGACAAGAAAAUUUUUCUUUGUCUUGUGAGCUCUGGGUUGGAACUAAUGACUUUAACACAAAGAACAUUGUCUUGUCCGUUCCAAUCCACGGAUAAUUUUCCUGAGUGGAAAUUAGCAUUAACCUAAACAAUGGGUUCACCAAAAUUGACAGACAGAAACACAAUUUUUCUUCAAGUCAGUACAUAGAAAGAAGAAUUCAAAGCUUUACUUAAUUUCAUCUGGAAACUUCAAACAAACUAUUUUAAUAUUCUCUAUAGUAUAGUAUUCAGCUUUCGAAACUUUAAAAAAUAUACAAUAACUAAAACAUUUGACUAAAUAAAAAGAUUUAAAUUCAAAAUACUAUAGAUGCGACGUUAAUCGACCUCAUCAGGGCAUCGCCAUUUGAUUUAACCAGGACAAAUAAAUUCAAGAAAAUAAAGGGUUUUAAUAUUUGUACAUCAUAAAUGUGCAUUACUGCAUGCAUAAAUAAUGCAUGCAGUAAUGCACAUUUAUGAUGUACAAAUAUUAAAACCCUUUAUUUUCUUGAAUUUAUUUGUCCUGGACUAUAUAGUAUACCAUUUUAUUUUUCAGACAAUCGCAAACACAGAGGUCAUCAUGCUAACGUUUAUGUAACGCCACGUCGUAAGUUAAAAAAAUUUAAAAUUUGGCCUUGCAAUUAAUCCUUGAGAUUUAUACGACACGGCGACCAAGUUGGAGGAAAAGACGGUCCAAAUACAUUAAUACAAUAGCUGCUAAUGAUAUUCUUUUGUUAGCGUUCCUCCAAAAUGGCCGCUAUGAUGUCAAGUGCAAACCAAGAAUUGUAAUACUGAAAAUUGUGGUUGUUUGAGUUAGUCGCAUGUGUGAAAACGUUUUCUGGUACUGCAGAUUUCUUCUGGAUUAUACCACUGAAUCAACAGGAGAUUAUCUCUUUUUUGAUAACAAUAUGCUAAAGAGAGCUGAUAAAACUAUCCAGUUUAAAUAUUUUUUCAUUAUGUUUAUUAUAUAGCACCAGUGGUUUACGAAACGAAAUGGCAUCGCUUUCCCGUCGAUCUUUCAGAGAGUAAGAUAAGUGGCGUUAGCCAGCCAGACGAUUCUGUCCCGCUAUGCAAAUAUUGCCAUAUUUAUAUAAACUAUAUCAACACAAUCAAUUUCUAAAGAAAUGAAUAAUGAUGAUGAGUUGGAAUUUUGCAUAGCGGGACCAAAUCGUCGGGCUAGCUACGCCACUGAAGAUAAAAUAUAACAGAUCAAAAUUUGAUUUUGCAUGUGAAGGUAGUCGCUAUAUACACAGUAUUAUUCGCUGAAAACGUCAACAUUUAGAGAGUCUCUUUUAGACCAGACCACCAAACAAUUCGAAUAAUUGAGCUAUGGAAGUCACUUUCCAAACUUUAACUAUUUCCGGAUUGCCCCACAGAAUUCCAGUCUCCCAGGGUUGAAAAUUGAAAAAACAUUUGUUAUAUCUUUUAAACUUAUAUGUUACUGUAAAUAGCAUAACUAUAUCAUUAUCAUAUUCUACAUGUAAAAUUAUUUUCUGGCACACGCCCCCCCGUGGAAAUCAGCUACGGUUGACGGGAUCAGCGUGUAUACAUAAAGUUCUACUACUACUACUAAGCUGGCGAUUUGACGAAAUGGCGGCUUUGCCGACCGUUUCAGCAGUCGGGCAAGCUGACAAGUUUGCUUGACCGCAGUGGAAAUCGAACCCUCGACCUUUAGUUUUCUGGUCCCAAUGUAUAAUUAUGUUAGGAAUCUUUAAUGGUAAUUUCACUCUCUUUUCUAAUUUCAUAUUAUAUUUCUACCUCUCGUCUCUUAUCUAGUACAUAUAAAACCAGAGAAUUGCGUGAAUAGCUUGCAAGCAGGACAAUGUGAAUAUAACAGGCAACAUGGUUAUUGUAGUUACUAUUUUUACAAUAUGCGCGAUGACUGUCCGCUCGCUUGCAGGUUUUGUGCAGAAGAACAGGAACGUAAGUAAUAUUACAAGUUAUUCAUUUAUUUAUAUAUUGUGCUUCGCUUCCAAACAUCAUACAACAAUUGCAUUAAAGAAGCUGGGACACCACAACAGCUUAACACCAAUUACAGCUAGUGCGCCCUUUACAAAUAAUCCAUGUUUAGCAGGGUUCCCAACAGCACCCAAAACAAUCACCGCCUAUUUCACCAAAUUAUAAACCAAAAUAUUUCCUCCUUACCAAAAAAUGUCAAGGGAAAGGUUUCUUGCUUUCAUACACGAUAUUCUUCGCCAAAUAUUUGGAUAUGACAAAAUCUAUAAAACUACUCUCCAAAAAUGGCUGGAAAUGCCAUUUCAGAAUUCAGAUGGUCAAAAUUUCAAAAUUUUCAUGGGGAGACGUCCUCGAACUCCGCUUGGCGAGGUACCUUCAGCAACAAAUAGCCAACUAUUCCUUCUACAAAGCCUCCUACUCCAAAUUCUAUUGGGAACUCCGAGUUAAGUCUGCUCUGUUUGCAGAUUAAUAUCAAGUUGUUGGUCUUGUGAGCCAACUGCUCACCUAGACGUUUUUGCUUCGCUGGGUGAAGUCAAUCAAUUGAUAAAUAAAAUUAAUCAAUCAAUGAUCAAAUCAAUAAAUCAAACAAACAGACCAAUCACUCAAACAGAUCAAUCCAUCAAACAGAUCAAUCAAUCAAUGAAAUGAUCAACAAAUUAAACAGAUCUAUCAAUUAAUGCUCCAAUUAAUCAAUCAGAUCAACUUAAAACAUCAAACAAAUGAAUAAAUCAAGUUUCUGUGGUCACAGUGUUAAACACUGAGUCAGUUCCCUCAAAGAUUUCUUAUAAAAAUCCUUCGAAAUUUAGAAUUUACCUCUGUGAUCAGAGAAACUUCGAUAGUAUACACCAGCCUUAAUUAAUACGUGGAACCUACACUCAGAAAUAUCUGUGGGGAGAGUAGUAAACAACCCCUGAAACCUGUAUACUAUCCCCCGGGGAUCAAUAAAUUUUCUGUUGACUGUAUAUUUCUCUAGCAAAGACGAAAGCAAAAUGUGAAGACAAGGAUUGGGAAUGUCCAGUGUGGGCACAUCAAGGAGAUUGUCUUCGUUUUCCCGAAUACAUGAAGGAAAACUGUAAUGCGAGUUGUAUGUUGUGUGGUAAAGGUUAGUUGUGACGAAGACACCGUCCGUUUAGAGGGCAUGUAACAGACAGUAGGGGGACGUGACUGCAGAAGUUAUUGGGCUAACUCCAAAUUCUAAAUGUGCGCAUCAAAACUUAGUUGAAUUAACUAGUUAACUAAUCGGUUAUUUCUCAUCUAAUUUUCAUCCAAAUUUAAUUAAAAUAUAAGCAAUUUGUCCUUGGGCAAUGUCCAAUAAUUAGAACAAAAAUCAUGUGGGCAUAGUGUGAGGGCAAUAGAACUUGCUCCUUUAAUUAAUAUAGAGUUAUUGGUUAACUCUAUAUAAAAAAUCGCCAGAGUAGCCUUAGAUUGACUAAAUUCCAUAUAAUUUUUUUGAUUUGGAAAGGCAAUCACAAAAAUCAAAUAGGGACAGAAUGCGACACCAACAUGAUUAUGGGAUUGUCAAGCAAAACUACAGAUUAGUGCCUUGUUGCCGUAGCUACUAGCUUCCUCUAGUUUUUGCAUACUUGGUUAACGGUCGUCGCCCGAAGCGUUUUUAGUUGCCAGAAAAAACGAGCCUUGUUUUUGUUCGAAACAUUCACGACUAUUAAGGCCGUUUUCCACUAGGCGGAAUUUUCCGUGCGGAGCGAAAAGUUUUCUUUGUCUUGUGAUUUCUCGGGUGGAACUAAUUAGAAAAUACAAAGAGAAAUUCCGCUCCGCGCGGAAAAUUCCGCCUAGUGGAGAACGCCUUACUACUGAAAUGUCAAAGUAUUAAUGGCCAACUUUAGAACAAUUUCCCGCAGACCAAUCAGUUGUCGACAUUAGGAACGUAGUACCAUUCCUGAAUGUUUAGAAACGAAAACAUAGCACGGUUUUUUGGGCGAGAAGAAGAAUCCGCGAUUUUGGUAAUAACUCACUUUUACCUUUUUGAGGAUCUUGGUUGCAAAGGUUGUGAUGGUAACAUGUUUAAUUAAGUCCAACUCUGAUCUGUAAAAGAGAAACACGCUGUUAUUGAGAACUCCGUCAUUAACGAAGAGCAUUCUAUUAUUAAAGAGAAAAAAUAUUGAAUCCAGUGUAACCUAAACUAGGCAAUUCCUAAUUAUUCUUAUAUUUUCCCAGAUUCUGAUGAUGCAAUGAAGUUCGAUAGUGACAUUUUGUGUCCGACUUGGGCCAGUGCUGGUUACUGCUACAACGAUGAUGUAAAAGAACAAUGCAAACACAGUUGUGAUGUAUACAAAAACACAAAACCACAACAAGAACCAAAUCUGAACUAUAAAAAUGCGUUUUACUACUACCCUUUCUACAUAUACUAUCCUUCUACCACGAUCAGAAGGAACACACCCACAGUUCCCCCCACUCAACACCCACCUCCAGUAACACCGAUCAUACCAACCCUGCCACCCCACUACACGACACUUCCACCAACCUAUCCAUUUCAGACCAGCACACGUAGGCCAGGUGGUGGAUCAAGACCCACCCCACCUCCACAAAAAUUAACAACCUCUGGACACAAACCUGGUACGCCUAGCACACACAAACCCACCCCACCACCCGAGAAACUAACAACCCCACAUGGCCAGAAACCCAUAACCCCACUACCUACAAAGCCCCCACAAAAAACACGACCGCCUACUACUGAGCAAACACCACCACCUAUCCAAAACACCCCCACACCCCCAGACAUGCCCCCAUCUCAAGGUGGAUCCCAGACAACAUCUCAAACUGGAUCCCAGACAACAUCUCAAACUGGGUCCCAACCCUCAUCUCAAACUGGAUCCCAAACAACAUCUCAAACUGGGUCCCAACCCUCAUCUCAAACUGGGUCACAACCUUCAUCUCAAACUGGAUCCCAAACAACAUCUCAAACUGGGUCCCAACCCUCAUCUCAAGCUGGUUCCCAACCCCCAUCUCAAACUGGAACCCAAACAACAUCUCAAACCGGGUCCCAACCUCUACCUCAACCCUCAUCCCAAACAAACCAACUUCCAGGAUCUCAACCCACAAAUCAAAACCCAGGUCAAACCCAAACCUUACCUCAAACCCAACAACCGCAAUACCCUUCCAACACAGCGUCACAACAACCACAAACCCAGCCCCCAGUUCAAGCAGGACACCAACAAUACCCAGCGCAACCGUCAGCCACAAAUCAAACCCCGCAACAGCCUCAAGGCAACGCCCAGACUUAUCUCCCAGUCCAACCCCCAGUCCAACCCCCAGUCCAACCCCCAGUCCAACCCCCAGUCCAAUCCCCAGUCCAGCCACCAGUCCAACCCCCAGUCCAACCCCCAAUCCAACCCCCAGUCCAACCCCCAGUCCAACCCCCAACUCAAGUCCAGCCUGGCCAGCCGCAAACUCAACAAUACCCAUACUUUGUCUACCACUAACCGAACGUCGCCAUUUCGUAAAAAUACACAAGCCUAAACAAGGAUUAAAAGUCUCAAAGAGACACAAGAAAAUGGCCAUGCUAAAUCACGUUACAAAAACACGCACAAAGGCAUACGACUCACAAUAAGAAUCUUAGACGAGAGUUUUUGGAAAGAUAGAAAUGACCAAAUACGCACACAUGCAUGCAUAAUGAGAUUUUUAAAAAGCUCACAAAAAGAAAUUUUUUAAAGGAUAAUGAAGGUUAAGUUAAGAAAUGAUUAGUUAAAAAGAUAAACCUGAGCAAAAAAAUUUUAAAGGUGAUCUACAAUCCGAACUGCGCAUGUGCACAAAUGAGCCCACUUUUUAUGAUACAAACAGUUUAACUAUCAUUUGAGUUCUUGGAAAGCCUGAUUGUUGUUUCUUGAUCAUUUAUUAUACUCUAGAAGCUUGAAAAUGUAAAUAGUUGUCGAAUAAAGCUCAAUAUUUUGGACACAAAAAUGUAAACAAAGGCUUUGUUUACAUACGGACUGUGGAUCACCUUUAAACAUAUUAUGAGCAUAUAUUGCUAGAAUAUAGAGUUUGUUAUGUAUUAAAAAUAAAAUGCAAUUUAAAGAGUUCGAG